AUGUUUGGAACAACGUUGGCGGGACGGCCAGUGAGGCUGGCUGAUCAAAUAGACACACUCAAAUAUGUUGCAACGUAUGAGAACAUAUCGGCUAACAAAAUCUCCCACCUUUCGAUAUUCCUUGUCCCCAAUGUACCUUUUGAUCCUAGCUAUUGUGCACUGAUAUACUAUCAGUUUCAAAAAGGCGGCGUGCCAUUGGCUGAUUUCCGGCUUCUGGGAGGCCUUGAUGCAAACAAGCAAAGUGCUAUAUUCAAGAUAAACCCCGAAUCCUACACGAACGGAGGGCAACAACAGUCAGUUGCAAAAGAAGGAGAUGUAGAUAUGGACAUAGAGACUGACCCUUCAGCGCCGCCCGUGGACACUACAUUGGUCAUUGGUAUCUCCAUUGAGCCCUUGGUGGUAGCUUCUGCUCAGCUGGAGCAAUUAAAGUUGUCAAAAGCGCCUCAAUUGUCUUUACCUGCUCCUCCUAGCCUAUCCAUUAACGACAUACCAUUGACCAAAGAACAGGUUGAGUCUGUUUCGAAUAAGAUCAUUAAGAACGCUUAUGAUUAUCUCAGUUCUUUUGUUGACUCUUCAAAUAAGGUUCCAAUCAAGAAAUUCGACGACUGGUGGGCCAAGUUCAAAUCGAAGCUGGCUACUGACCCUAAAUUUCUGGAUAAUCUAAAUUGA